AGAGAGAGAGAACUGAAAGAGAAGAAGAGAGAACUGAGAGAACUGAGAGAAUGAGAGAGAGUUAGCAGAAAAAAAUAAAGAUGUUUGGGAUGAAGCUAAUGAUAUUUUGAUCAUUCAGCAGUGCCUUAUCAUAGAGAGAUUGAUACAUGGAACAACGGUAAAAUGUUUGCUAGACCAUUUAAUAAUUUUGUUCUGUUAUUUUUUCCAUUGAAAAUACUGUAAGAGGAAUAAUGAAAUCUGACUGCCCGUCCCUUUUACCUAUUUACCGCCAUCUUUUAUUUCAAAUGAUCAUAGUAUUUUGUCGCACUCAGAAGACCUUAGAUAUAAUACGAUACUAUGCUGAUUCACUUUAAAAUAGUUUGUACCCUUAAUUUUUAAGACUUUAAAAGGGAAUCAUAAAAUUUGGCUUUCAACCAUAUUGACUGCAAUGUUAAUCCCAUUAGCGCCAUUUUCGUCACAGCCAGCAUAUAUUUCAGACUAAGCCCGCCUUAACUAUGCAAAAAAGAUUUGCUUGACUGCAUUACCAUAGUUUUUUUCAUGCUUUUUCCCCAGUUGAAAAACUUGAACAAAACAUAAAAAAAUCUGGCUUUUCGCCAUUUUAAAUCGCAUUUUGACAUAACUAACGCAAUUGGGAAGACCGGUAAUUUUUUAUGCUCAGCACACUAAAAGUAUGACAAAAUACUAUGCAGGAUUAAUCCAUUAUUGUUUGUCAAUAAAGAUAAUACUUUAAAAGAAGUUUGGCUGUCCGCUAUUUUGGAUCGCCAUUUUGAAAAAUGACAAUAUCAAACUGUCGACCAUCUUAAAAAUCAAUAAAAAGACAAUCAAAUUCAAAGCAGAGCAACAUGGACCUCUGAAAAAAUAGAGGUAGCCUAGGAGGAGUGAGCAUCCUCUGCUGAUCGUUCACAACCGCCGUGUGCUCUUUGUAAUAAUCGGGAAAAAACGGAAAAGUUUGUGGACGAUUAGCUGAUUAAUUAUGAUCUACCAAUUAGUAUGAAAAACGUCAGUCAGCAUGCGACCCAGUGGAAGAUUGUUUUUCUGACAAUGUCGUUCUACGGACCAUAGAACUUAAGAAAAGAAAUAACGCCACUUUUACGAAAGCCAGCAUGAUUUUUCGCACUCAACACACUUAAAUUAUGAUAAAAACCAUACUGGAUAACAAAUCUUUAUUUGCCCUUUAUUUUUUUCCCAGACUAAUAAUGAACACAAGAGCAUAAGAUGAGAUUGUUACUAAAUGUUGGAGUUAUCAAAUUAGAAAUAGAAAUAUAAUAAAAAUGCAAUCUUUUCUAAAGUAUUUCAUACAAAUUGACUUGAAUCUAAUGUUUCCUGUAAAAGUAAAGAAAUUGAAUGGGUCACAUUUCAAACAUCUGAGAUAUUGCAUAAACGAAAUACUUGCAGGCAAAAAAUUGAGUUUUUUCUUGACUCUUAGGAAAUACAAGCUCAGUAAGCCAAAAUAUGGCGAUAGAUUAUCAACAAAUUGUUCAAGUAUGUUUUUUUUGAAAAUAAACAUGAAUAUGUAAUGCACAAACUAACCAGAAGUUUUUUCUGCACUUAAAAUUAGGAAGCUGAAGUAACAAUAUUCAAAAACUAUUGAGUAAUGAAAACUUCAUUUUUUUCUUGGAAUCAUCCACCACAAAAUAUAGUUCUCUACUAAACUCUGUAAAUAUGUAAUUUUCUCUGAAAUUGUUUAUUCAAUAUGAUUUAUGUCACAUUGUUAAAUAUGAAUUUACGAGUAAAUUAUUAUGUGAUGCAGAGUUUUCCUACAAGAAGUGACCCAAAAUGUUUUGCCCAAAACAAAGAAACGAACCUCUUUAUAAUCGUCGAUGGCGAUCAGAUCUAAGAAACAUGUUGAGAACUUGGGAAGGUAGCUGUUAGAUUAAUAUAGUUAUGACCAUAAUUGAGUUUCCCCUGUUUAUUUCUAAUUCAGUUUAAAUUAAUCUUAUUUUAAAUGGCCUACUAAAGUAAAAUUUAUCGUGGUGCAUAUAGACGGACAAUGUUUGUGCUUUUAUAUGAAUCUUAUUAUUUCCAUCAGACUAUAACGACUGCAUGCAAACCACAUAUAUACCAAUAAGAGAAAUAAACACAGAGAACGGAUGUCCUUUAUAAAGCCCCUUUCACAAUUGGCGUACGACCCCUUUACACCACUUUGCGAUCGAAAUUUUUGAGCUUCGCACGAGCUCUCGAAUACGUUGCACGAGCCCUCGCUUACGUUGCACGAGCUCUCGCAUUCGUUGCAUUCGUUUUACUGGUCGCAUCAAGUCUCCUCUGAAUAGUGGACAUGCACACUAUUCAGACGCAACCGAACGCGAUCCAAAUUAUCGCAGUGCAACGCACGAACAUUAAUACGAACGUUUUACAACGUUUUGUGUACUCGUAAGAGUGUUACACGAUUUAUAAAGAUCGUAAGAUAAAUUGCUGGUGUUUAUGCGUCUGUUUUGCGACCGUGAGACUGUUGCUCAACGUGUCUCAUGUAAUCUUGCAACGUUUUACUAUCAUUGCACGUAUUCUCAGCCUCAAUAUGCCAUGCUUUGCUACUAGUGUAUAUACCCUGUUUCUUAUAUUCUCUGUUUAAGAACAAAAUUUACAAUAUACAUUUUUUGCAUGAUGGUAAGGGAAAUACAUGUAUGAAGAUUUAUUUCCUCAAGAAAAAUCAUAUUUCCCGAUCGCGAGGGCUUCGCCCGAAAAAAAAUGUGUUUCCUGGAGAAUAAAUCUUCAUAUUCCCUGAACAUUAAUGCAAUUAACGUUUUAUUAUACCAAGCAAUAUAUGAUUACACAAAAUACGUUGAUUUCUAAUAAUGUUUGACUUUUCAUUAAGCACAACAUUAACGUCGUGAUUGUUUGAUUUUCCAUGUAACUGUCUCACUUUUCUUUCAAAAAUCUUAGUUAAGUUGGUUCUGAGAUUUAAAGAGAAUCAUAAUGAUUAAAUAUUUUUGAUUUGAUCACAUUUGUCUACAUCGUAUGCUCAUAUCGGCUUUUUCAUUCUUAUGACAUCGCCCUGUCACGUGACUUUCUAGACCAAUCAGAUAUAAUAGAAUAAUCAUAUUGAAGUAUAGGGUCUAAUAAUAAAUGCUGCUGCAAAUCUGUAUUUUUUCGCUUUCAACUAUGUCUACUGAAUAUGGGCGAUGUAUAUACCCCCUCUGACUCACACGAUCAUUCGUACCAUGAAACGCAUAAUCGCACGUCCAAUCACAUUGGCGCACGUUCAAUCUCCGAUCACCUAGUCUCUUGCGCGUUCCUAUCUUAUUAUCUUUCAACAGUUGCUUUCAUUGUACAACAGUCGCAUAUAGACGCAAGAUAUAUCGCAAGAUUCAAUGCGUUUACAUCGCACAACUCUCGCUUAGAUUGUGCGAAAUUCGUACGAAUACUUUUUUUCAUAUGCGAUUAUUUUGGCAACAAUUAACGAUUCAUAUCUAAUUUGUUUUCGGUCGCACGAAUAUUUGGUCGCUUCUGCUCGUGUGCCAAUUGUGAAAGGGGCUUAAGAUCGAUCUUUUAUUACAUUUUGCCCAUUUUGUCAUUUAGAUAAUGGAAACAUUUAUAAACAGUAUGAUGCAUAUAUACAUCAUCUUUCAUACAUGUAUCCCGGUUUCGAGUUGGCACAUAUAUCAGCAGACCUCUUACACAGCAACCGCAUGAAGGAAUGAUGAACCUCAUUAUCCAGAUGUGAUUCCUCGGCAAUGGUCAUGUAACAAACUAAAAUUCGUUGUGUAUAAUUAUAAAACCCCUUGGUUCACCUUUUCGGUUUAUCCUUUGGAGAGCCCCUUGUUUUAAUACUUUGACCCUUGGUUACCGUGGUAACAUAUCAAUCCUGUGGGGAGCCCCUCGUUGAUACCUUAAAUAGUUGGUAAAAGUAUGCACGGGUAGUACCCGGGAACAUCAGCCGAUAGACGUGGGCGUCAUCCCGUCUAGUGCUCAGGGGCCUGUUUUAGAAAAACAUCAGGGUCUUUUCUGUCUUGUUUUGCUGUAAAUUUUCCCGUCCCUACAGAACGUCAAUACCUGUCAGGGAAGGAGGGUUCUUGGGUGCUGAAAUAUUUCCAGCUCCUGUAUUUAUGAGUAGCCGUUUCCAUUUUCAUGGGAUAAUUUAUAGAGACCGCUGUUCUACAGUGAGUGAGUGAACUACGGCGGCCCUUUCGACACAUCUCUAAAACUACUUAUGAAUUUAUACCUGAGGGUGAUCCUCGCAGUUUUACCAAUUUAUAAUCGUCAAUGCAGAUACGUGCUUUAACUUAACAUUGUGAAACUUUGAUAUUUAAAUAAUUUGUGUCAUUUGAAAACUUAUAUUCUGUUUAUUGAGUUUAUUGAAAGAAACCUCCAAUCAGCGUGGACGAGGCCAUGGGUUAUUUACAUUUCCAAGGAAAACUUUCGUCUAAUGAAGCCUCGAUAGACCCGUGCAGCAUGUGAACUUUCUACAUGUACUUCAACUUAGUUCUGGUGGUUGCCGAUAUACCAAAACCUGACUGUAACCACGUGUUUACCUGAGGGUUUUAAACACCACGUGCACCGGAACCGGGCUGACUAUAUAGACUUUUCCUUCAUUUCAUUAUUUAAUUUGUAUAUUUUUGUUUGUUUAAUUUUUUCUCGUUGAAUUUUCUGUUUAAUUUUAUUUCAUUUUGUUAUUAAAUAUUUUGUUAAAAAUUUCAUACUUGUUCUGUUGAUUUAUGUAAGUUCAUCAGGAUGCAUAAUCACACAUCCUCACAAAUGGUGGCAGCGGUGGGAUGCAUCUGAGCUUGCAUAAAUCAAAAGAUUUUCUUGUGUUUGCAUGUUAGAAAUUUUGACUUUGAUAUUUCUUAUUUUUGUAUGUUUCAGUGCAUAAACUUUCACAAUGUCACAUAUGCCGAAAUGGAUGACCGAGCUUAUCGCGAAAGGGUCAAGCGUCAAGGACUGUUUAGAGGUGUGGCGUCAGGAGCAGGAGGCAAUGAGAGCUGAUAGAGAGUCUGCUAGGGCUGAAAGAGAGGCAGUGAGGGCAGAGAAAGAAGCUGAGCGAGAACUUGAGAAAGUAAGGUUAGCUCAUGAAAGAGAGGAGCGUCAAGCUAAGAGAGACAGAGAUAAGUGGGAGGCUGAGAAAGAGAUUAAGUUGAAAGAGUUAGCUCUUAAAGAAAGAGAGUUAGAAACUGGUCCCUCCCCUCAGAGUGUUCAAACUCCUAGUGUAAAGUUGCCCAAAUUUGAAGAAGGUCAAGACCCUGAUGUUUUUCUAAAAUCAUUUGAGAAAAUAGCGGGCUUACAAAAGUGGGAUAAAUCUCAAUGGGCGGUUCGUUUAGUCCCCAUGCUAUCGGGUAAAGCUCUUGAGGCCUAUUCUAGAUUGUCAGAUGAGGAGAGUGAGAAUUACGAUGCUAUUAAAACUGCUAUUCUGAAAAGGUAUGAAUUGACUUCAGAGGCUUAUCGGGAUAAGUUUAGGAAGUGUAGACAGUUCAGUGAUGAGUCAUUUAAAGAUUUUGUUGUUCGUGCAGAAAGGUUCUUUCACCAUUGGUGUGAUAGGGAGGAUAUUGGUUCAGACUUUGAAUUGUUGUUUGAUUUGAUUUUGAGAGAACAGGUGAUAGGAAGUUGUUCAAAUGAUUUGCAAUUGUGGGUUCGUGAGCAUACUCCAAAGUCUAUCAAAGAUGUUAUAACUUUGUCGGAGUCAUUUCAGUUUGCACAUAAAGGCAGUAAUGCAGGUGGUGGACGAGGUAACGCAGGGGAAAAGCCGGGUCCCAGACCCAAUAAGUUUGGUUCAGGUCAGUUCCAAAGGGGUAAGCAUGUCUCGCCAUCAGAGCAAAGUAAAACAUGUUACAAGUGUAACCGGGUAGGACAUAUUGCGCCAAAUUGUCCUUUGCGUAGUACAUAUCAGUCGAAACCUCCUUUUAAUCAAAACCACCCAGGGAAUCAAAAGUCGAAAGAGCGGUUUGGUUUGUGUCUUGAUGAAAAUAUGAUAGUUUCUGAUCAGGGUGAUGGUGUUCAUGAGAAUAAGAUGGUUGUUAAGUUGUCUGGCGUAUCAGCUACUGAUGAGUCUAGUCUUGAAACAUGUUGUGAAUCGGGUCUAGAUUUGGUAAGUGGGGAAGUUGGUGAAAAAGUUGUCUCAGUUUUGAGGGACACUGGAUGUUCCACUGUGUUUGUUAAUAGUAAGUUGGUUUCAGAUGAUGAAAAAACGGGGAGAACAAAAGUAAUUACUUUGGCCGAUGGUACAAGGAGAACUUGCAGUGAGGCGAUAGUAAGUGUGAAAACGCCAUACAUUUCAGGUAAGGUGCACGCGCUAUGUCUUGACUCACCUUUUGCUGAUGUAAUUAUUGGCAACAAUGUAAGCAUUGUAGUACCGAAAGAGGCAGCACCUUUGACCAUGAUUGAGACUGCAGAAACAGUGGAUGAAAAAGAAUGUGGAGUUGUUCAAACUAGAUCAGAGACAAGGAAACAGGAGGAUGCAAAGAAACCAAAGCUGGAUGAUUUGAAAGAAGUGGACACAGAACAUGAAGGUAUGUGGUGUAAUAGAGAGAAAUUGAUCGAGCAUCAGAAAACUGACGACAGCUUGAAAUCGGUGUUAGAGAUGGCCCAAAAUGGUCCACAUGAAGGAAAGUCUUAUUUCAUCCUGAAAAAUGAUUUACUGUAUAGAGUUUUUGACUCAGACUCUGGCGAAAAGGUAUUCCAGAUUGUUGCUCCAAAGAAACUGCGCAGUAGUAUUAUGUCAUUAGCUCACGACACGCCACUGGCUGGACAUCUUGGAAACAAGAAAACAAGAGAAAGAAUUAUGAGAAACUUCUUUUGGCCAGGUAUGUAUAUAGAUAUAUCUCGGUAUUGUAAGUCAUGCUCUAUUUGUCAAAAGGGGACGCAAAGAGGGAGAACGCCAAAAGCGAAAUUGGUGCCAAUUCCAAAGAUCGAUGUUACAUUUUCCAGAGUAGCGAUUGAUUUUGUGGGCCCAUUACCGAUGACAGAAAAGAAAAACAGGUAUAUUAUGGUAUGUAUGGAUUAUGCCACUCGAUUUCCAGAGGCUUUUCCGAUGAAAAAUCAAGACGCAGAAAGUGUAGCAAAUGCGCUGAUAGAAAUGUUCUCAAGGGUAGGUUUUCCUAAAGAAAUUUUAUCAGAUCAGGGGACAAAUUUUAUGUCAUCUCUCAUAUCAGAACUCUGCAAAAUGCUCAAGGUCCGUAAGCUGUCAACUACCCCUUAUCAUCCCCAAGCAAACGGGCUAGUAGAACGAUUUAAUGGGACUCUUAAACAGAUGUUGAAAGCAUAUGCAGUUGUAGAGCCAUUAAAAUGGGAUGUUCAUUUACCAUAUGUACUUUUUGCCUAUAGAGAGGUCCCGAACGAAACAACAGGUUUUACUCCAUUUGAACUUCUUUAUGCCAGACAUGUCAGAGGCCCCCUGGACAUAUUAAAGGAGCAGUGGGAAGAACCAACCGAGGAACAAACGUCAGUUUUAAGUUACCUGAUGGAAACCCGAGAACGGAUGGAGACAGUACGUAAAAUGGUUACAGAUAUGGAAUCUCUAGCAAAGAAGAAUCAGAAAAGAUACUAUGAUAAAAACGCCAGAAACAGAAAUUUUGAAGUAGGUCAAAAAGUCUUAGUUUUGUUGCCUACAAGCACUUCGAAACUAUUGGCGCAGUGGAAAGGUCCGUAUGAGGUGACACAAAAAGUAAGUCCUGUUGAUUUCAAAGUGAGGUUGUCCAAAAGCAAAGAGACUGUUUACCAUGUGAAUAUGCUGAAGGAAUGGUUCGAGAGAGAGCCGGAGGAAAACAGUAAGUCUGAAAUUAUGGCAUGUUUGAAUGUUAUUUCUAGUUUAGCCAAUGACGACGUUCAGAUAGCAGACGACGUGGUGUCAGAUAGAGUUCCGACCCUACAACAGACAGAAUCAGCAACUGACGUACAGUAUUCAACAAACCUGACUACAGAGCAAAUGGAUCAGAUUCAGAGGUUAGUUGAAGAAUUUGGUGAUAUUUUUACAAAUGUCCCCAAGAGAACGCAUUUGAUGAAACAUUCAUUGAAAACUUCUACGGAGGUGCCAAUUCAGAUGAAACCAUAUCCGAUCCCCUAUGCAUUACAAGACAAAGUGAAGCGUGAGUUACAGCAAAUGAUGGACCUUGGUAUCAUUGAGGAAACGGACAGUCCGUAUUCAGCACCAGUCGUCCUCAUCAAGAAGAAAGACAACUCGCUGAGAUUCUGCGUUGACUUCCGGGAGUUGAAUAAGAUUACGGUAUUUGAUCCUAGACCAAUGCCUAGAAUAGAUGCUAUUUUGAAUAAGAUCAGCAAAGCUAAAUUCAUCAGCAAAUUAGACCUCACAAAAGGAUAUUGGCAAGUACCAUUAGACGAUGACGCUAAGCGUAAAAGUGCAUUUGUAACACCAUUUGGACAUUUCAGUUUUACAGUUAUGCCAUUCGGAAUGGUGAACGCACCGGCUACUUUUGUUAGACUGGUAAGCAAAGUUCUUACAGGGCUGGAGGAUUUCACGGAGGCAUUCAUUGAUGAUAUUGGUAUUUAUAGCAACACCUGGGAAGAACAUCUUGAACAUCUGGGGACAUUGUUCGAAGCCUUGAGAAAAGCAAACUUAGCAGCUCGACCGGCAAAAUGUGAGUUUGGUUUUAAUGAACUUUGUUUUCUUGGUCAUACCAUAGGGAGUGGGAAAAUAAAACCGAUGAUGUCGAAAGUAGAAGCCAUACAAAACUUUCCGAUUCCAACUACAAAGAAAAAGAGUUGA